AUGUGCUCUUUCUGGCCAAGCGUCUUAUCCUACCCAAGCCCAUCGAAGAAAGUUCCAAUGAAACAGAAAAGGCCGCGUUUCCGUACCCUUACUGCAGUCUACGAGGCAUGGCUCGAUGAAAUGGUCUUCCCUGCUGAGGUGGUCGGAAAGCGUACACGUGUCAAGCUCGACGACAAGAAGCUCUUGGAGGUUCACCUCGAUAAGGCCCGACAGACGAACGUUGAUCACAAGGUCGAUACGUUUGUGACGGUAUACAGGAAGCUGACAGGCAAAGAAGUGGCGUUCGAGUUCUCGGACUCGAUCUUCUAA